GCUUCCCCCCACCCACCAUUCUUUCCGGGCCUUGUCCGCCACCUAAUGGAUCAUCGAGACGAGGGCCCAGAGGGCCCCUGAUGCGGCGGAUCGAAGCCUAGAGCGGCAGCCCCCGGGGCCCUACAUCCGUGAAGGGGGGGGACAGGAUAAAGACAACGAGUCUUGGGAACAAUGUGGGUGGGCACCGAAUGGAAUGGAGGGGUCCUUAGAGGUGGACUGAAGGCCCGAUCGGGGUAAAGUGUCUACUGUGUAGGCGUAGAAUUGGAGGGGCAAGCAAAGUCACCGCCUCUAUCCCUCCGGUCAGCAUGAUGGCCAGAGGCCUGGGGUCUCCCCACCGGGUGACCGUGGGACUGCUGAUCUGGGCGGCCCUGGGGCUGCUGGUGGCCGGACACGAGGGUCACGGCGACCUGCACAAGGACAUCCAUGGGCAUCCACAUGAGGACUUCCACCAUGGACACAGCCAUGCCCACGGCCAUGGCCACACUCAUGAGAGCAUCUGGCAUGGACAUACCCACGGUCACGACCAUGGACAUUCACAUGAGGAUUUGCACCAUGGCCAUAGCCAUGGCCACUCCCAUGAGAGCCUCUCCCACAGAGGACAUGGACAUGACCAUGCGCAUAGCCAUGGAGGCUAUGGGGAGUCUGGGGCUCCAGGCAUCAAGCAGGACCUGGACACUGUCACUCUUUGGGCCUAUGCACUUGGGGCCACAGUGCUGAUCUCGGCAGCUCCGUUUUUUGUCCUCUUCCUUAUCCCUGUGGAGUCGAACUCCCCUCGGCAUCGCUCAUUGCUCCAGAUCUUGCUCAGUUUUGCUUCUGGGGGCCUUCUAGGAGAUGCCUUUCUGCACCUCAUCCCUCACGCCCUGGAGCCUCAUUCCCACCACCCCCCGGUGGAGCAGCCAGGUGGACACGGACACUCGCACAGUGGCCAGGGCCCCAUUCUCUCCGUGGGGCUGUGGGUCCUCGGUGGAAUUGUCGCCUUCCUUGUGGUGGAGAAAUUUGUAAGACAUGUGAAAGGAGGACACGGACACACGCAUGGUCACACGCAUGGAAGCCAUGGACAUGGAAGGCAAGGUCCUUCAAAGGAGAAGCAGAGUUCCGAGGGAGAAGAAAAGGAUACCGGGGGGCCACGGAAGAGGAAAGGAGGGAGCACGGGGCCCAAAGAUGGGCCGGUGAGACCUCAGAACGCUGAAGAGGAAACAGCAGGCUCAGAUCUCCGUGUGUCGGGGUAUCUGAAUCUGGCUGCUGACCUGGCACACAACUUCACCGACGGCCUGGCGAUCGGCGCUUCGUUCCGAGGAGGCCGAGGACUGGGGAUCCUGACCACUGUGACGGUCCUGCUACAUGAAGUGCCCCAUGAAGUCGGAGACUUCGCCAUCUUGGUCCAGUCUGGCUGCAGCAAAAAGCAGGCAAUGCGUCUGCAGCUGGUGACGGCAGUCGGGGCAUUGGUGGGCACAGCCUGUGCCCUUCUGGCUGAAGGAGGGGCAGUGGGCAGUGCAGUGUCAGGCAGUACAGGUCCUGGCUGGGUCCUGCCAUUCACUGCAGGGGGCUUCAUCUAUGUGGCCACGGUGUCUGUGUUGCCCGAGCUGUUGAGGGAGGCCUCCCCACUGCAGUCACUUCUGGAAGUGCUGGGGCUGCUGGGCGGUGUUGUAAUGAUGGUGCUGAUAGCCCACCUCGAGUGAGAGGCGGGAGGAAUUGCCCCCUACUCUUGCCUCAAGGCCCCAGCCCGUCACUCCAGAUUGGGGGUUCGGACCAGGAAUAUCUGCCAGAGGAAAGAGCUGUGGCCUCAGAAGUGGUGAUUUGGGCGGUGGAACCAUAGCAGUUUGGCAGUUGAGCAGGGGCUAUCCAGGUGAGAAGCAGCAGCCAGAAGGACCGCACUGUUGGGCACCAACUGACCACAGAGUUGGGAUUUCAGGGGCUAAAGGGGGCUGUGAAGAAAACUGGAAGGGAGUAGGAUGAUGCCAGCCUACCAGUGUCCCCAAUUCCACCGACUCUCAGAGGACCAAGCUGCCACAUACAGUCUUCUCCAAGGGCCACCUGCUUCUCUCCCACCUGCUGGAGGCUUCCAGGAAGUUCAGAGCCCUGGACAGAGGAGAAGAAUCGGGGUUGGGGUGGGGGGUGGUGAACAUCCAUUAAACGUCUGUGAAUCGUG